CGAGGGAGACAAGAUGUCCAUCAUGAAAUUUGAAUUUAAUCCCAAAGUCGGGAUCGACAACCCUGCCUUGACACUGACUGAGGACACGGACGGCGAGGGCGUGGGGGAGCCCCGCUUCUACCUCCUGACCAAGGAGAGCACAGAGACCUUCGGCUUCUGCCUGCACGAGGAGCUGUGCUGCCAGGGCCACGUCAUCCGGCAGAUUGAGCUGGGGGGGGUGGCCCAGCGCAGGGGGCUGCAGGACGGGGACCGGCUGCUCCAGGUCAAUGGCCACUUCGUGGACCACAUGGACCACUUCAGGGUGGUGCAGAAGAUCAAGGCUAGUGGGAAUCAGGUCCUGCUGGCAGUGCUGGACGGCGACUCCUACGAAGCAGCCAAAUCCCUGGGCAGGGACCUGUCCCGGAUGCUGCCGGAUGACAUCCGCCCGCGCCUCUGCCACGUCACGAGGGACAAAAGCGGCUUUGGCUUCAGUGUGUCGUGUCCAGAAGGCACCAAGGGCACCUUCCAGCUGUCGGUGCUGCAGGACGGGCCAGCGGACAGAGCAGGGGUGCCACCAGGCUCCUGGCUGCUGGAGCUCAAUGGGGACAGCGUGAAAGGCUACUCCCACGCUCAGCUCACCAAAAAGCUUAAGCAGAGCGGGAACAAGGUGACGCUGCUGGUGGCAUCCAGCUCCGUGGAGGAGUUUUAUCGCCUGCGGGGCCUGCGGGUCACAGCUGCCUUGGCAGACACCUCCAGGCUCCCCUUCAAGGUCCGCGAGCUGCACAUGGUGAAGGGUCCUGCUGGCUACGGGUUCCUGCUCAAGGAGGAUGACUGCAGCUCGGGGAGAGCCAGUUCCUGUGGGAUGUGGAUGUGGGGCUGCCGGCCGAGCAGGCGGGGAUGAAGGAAGGGGACCGUGUGCUGGCGGUGAACGGGGAGAGCAUCGAGGGGCUGGACCACGAGCAGACCGUGCACAGGAUCCGCGCCCGGGAGGACCAGGUGACGCUGCUGGUCAUCGACCCCGCUGGUGACGAG